GCGUGGAGUUUAAGGUUUUAGUGAGCGGAGAGUGGCGGUGGUGGCUUCUAGAAGGGGAGCGCGAUGGCCUCGCGCUCUAUAUGUAGGCUCGCCCUGGUGAGCUCUCAUCUGUCGCCCAACCCUCUCAUGGCGUCUGAGAAGGAAGCCGCUCUCGCCGCCGCCGCCGCUCCCUCCGAUUCUCCCACCAUAUUUGACAAGAUCAUUAAGAAGGAAAUUCCUUCCACUGUUGUGUUUGAGGAUGAUAAGGUGCUGGCUUUCAGGGACAUCUCUCCUAAGGCUCCAACACACAUUCUGAUCAUCCCAAAAGUGAAGGAUGGGUUAACUGGACUGUCUAGGGCUGAGGAGAGGCACUGUGAGAUUCUUGGGCACCUUCUUUACACUGCCAAACUUGUUGCCAAGCAGGAAGGCCUGGAAGACGGCUAUCGUGUUGUGAUUAAUGAUGGACCAAGUGCAUGUCAGUCAGUUUACCACAUUCACGUCCACCUCCUCGGAGGGCGACAAAUGAACUGGCCACCAGGCUAAGUUUGAUAGUCACGUACUGGAAUUGAAGGAGAGAAUUCGCUGAUAUCCUGUCAUAAACACUUGUUAAGACCUGAGCUAGACUCUGCUACUUUUUAAAGGUAUUUGAAUGACGUAAAUGGAGUCUGAUAAUUUACCGAGAGUGCCAUAUCGUUGGCCUCUGCGCGAUAGCCAGCAGGCCAAUACAGUCUGCUAUUUAGCUAUUUGCACGGUGAGCACGUUCAUGGCAUAUUCUUUCUUUUCAAAGAGAUGCUUUGAUCAAUCACUGGUCCGAGAACUUUUGUGGUAAGUAAAGCAUCGUAUGAUGUGUUUGUUUUCU